UUGGAUGAACAAAAUGUAUACUUUCGUUACCGAUCUUUGCCUUUGUUGGAGUCUGAAUGUUUCGGAUGUCCAGAGAAAAUAAUACAUAGUUCUAUACCACUUUAUAUCAAAUUUCAGUCGUGGGCUGUUGACAGGUGGAUAUCAGGAGGGGCUCCGCGCCGCAAGCUGAUCCUAGGUUUGACUGGGGCCGCCACGUCAUUUACUCUGGAAAACAGAACCGCGACUGAUGUAGGAUCCCCUGUGAAGGGUGCUGGGAAAGCAGGACCGUACCUUGGUCGUGAAGGACACGUGACUUAUUAUCGGGUAUGUGAGAUGAUAAAGAAUGGUGCUAUACACCGUUGGGACGAUGAACAGAAGAUGGCCUAUGCCUACAUGGAAGACCAGUGGGUGGGGUACGGCAAUCAAAAAAGCAUGAAAGAAAAGGUUAAAUUUGCGUAUAGUCGCAAUAUUGCUGGUGUGAUGUUUUGGUCUAUAGACCAAGAUGACUUCCUUGGUCAUUAUUGCAACGCCGGAGAAUUUCCACUUCUCACCGCUAUCUACAAUUCAAUUAAGGAAAUGGCGCCAAAAGAUAAUCACGUGGUUGUUGACGUCAGCACAAGUACUACACAUUCCACAACGCCGAAAGAUUUUCGUCUGCAUCACAAUACAAAUAAAAAUGGAAUAAACUUUUAUAAAAUGGUUGAUAACGGAUCAGUUAUCUCAGGAAUAAGUUAUUAUUUGUUAACAUUGUGCUUCUUUAUUUUCGUUGCAAUGAACAGAUAGAUCUAGAUCUAUUCAACCAUUGAACUGUUGUUGCCAUUCAGCAGAAACUAAGACUGUCUAAUAUGUGAUCUUUCAGCUCUUGCCAGUGU